GCGAGGUUGGUCCAUUGUGCUGUCACAGACAUGGAAGAGAACUUGAUCGAUCCAAAAUAUAUUUUGGAGCUUACUAAAAGCAUUCACAGAGAAGGAGAGAAAAGUAUUACCGAUUACAUAAACAGAAAUACGGAGAUUCUUUUGAACGAACAUGCAUCGAUUGUGAGAGAACAAGUUGUUGAGAGCAUGAAAAAACAAAUAGAAAGCAUGAAUAAAGAAAUAGCUCUUGAUGCACAAAAACUCGAGGAAGACGUAUCUAAUUUCCUGGAAUUGAUUCAGAAUAGUUAUCAGAGUGCGUCUCAUAGUUUCAAUAAGGUAAAAGAAUUGGCGAAGGAAAAUUUUGAAAAGGUAGAAAGCCUCAAUGAAACACAGAAUGAGCUUUUCAUGCUACAGACUGAAAUUCAACUGUUGGAACAACAGUUACUGGAAUGUUUGAUGUGCACUGCGUUUUUAGAUGAUCUUUUCCCAUUGGAUAAAGAGAGAGUUAAGGUUCCAAAAGAUUUCCUGAAAUCCUUCGGCCCCACCUUCACUGCCAAAGAGCAGGAGGAACUACAGAAGGCGGUUAUUGAAGAUCUUGUGAAAUCCGAAGAGGUUUUUGACGCCCCAGUGGAAGCCCAAGUUGAAUCUGCUGAUGCCAUUCUUAAAGUAAUUGAUCGUCUGAAGAGCAGUAACCUGUCCCUGGUGCAGUAUAGCCACAUCAGCAGAGGGUCAACAAAAUAUGAAUCCCAAGAACUCAUAAUGGCCAAGCAGAAAAUGGAAGAAGAAUUGAAGGAAUGGGAGAAAAAAAUUUUCAAUGCCGAAAAAGAAGUUGCUGCUGUCAAAGAAACUUUAAACUGUCUCAAAAAGGAAGUGAGUAACUUAGAUCAAGAACAAAGUGAAAAGGAAGAAACACUGCAAAAAGAAGUAGAGUUGGCAAAGAUUUCUGAAAUUUAUAAAAUUUGUACUGGAAGCAGCGCUAAAAAUGUAGAUCCAUCUCUAAUGAAGGCAACGAUUGAUGCAUGUUUUGAAGAUUUGCUCUAUGAGUUGAAUAAACAUCCCAAAAGAAGAAUCAAGGAUUUGUUUAGAGUCAUCGAAGCUGAAAAGAAGCAAAGUAUGCGUCGAGCCGAUGAAACGGCAAGAGCCAAACAGCUGAAGAAAAAAUUACAAAGAGCUACUGCACUUAUUUCUAUGACAGGGUCUAAAACAACUCACAAAAAACUUUAA